AUGAGCAUCAUCAGCUGGAAUGCUCGUGGAUUAGGGAGUAAACGAGCAUUCCGUUCUCUCUCCCUGUUGGUGAAGCAAAACCGCCCAACACUUUUAUAUAUUAUGGAGUCUAAACUCCCUGUUGGAGCUUUAAAUAAGUUUGCUUCAAGUCUUAAAUUUCCUAACGGUUUAGAGGUCCCACGUGUCGGGCUUAGUGGUGGUCUUUUGUUGCUCUGGACACAUGUUGUGGAUGUAACCUUGCUUUCAUAUAAUAUAAGUCAUUUUCACUGUUAUCUUAAGUUUCCUAACUUUCACGCUUUUACUUUUACCGCUUUUUAUGGUGCACCUCACACUCAGAAUAAACUGCACACCUGGCAAUUAAUAGAUCGACUUGGCUCUACUGCUCGGCUCCAGCCGUGGCUCAUUAUGGGCGAUUUCAAUGAUUAUCUGUCUCUUUCUGACAAAAUCGGCGGUAAUAUGUCUCGUGCUCCAUCAGCGCAAUUUCAAUCCUUUAUCGACAAUCAUGAACUUCACCCUCUCACCCCGCUAGGUAAUCUCUUCACUUGGACUAAUCGCCAAAAGCAACCAAAUCAUACUCAGGAACGGUUGGACUGGUGCCUAUCUAAUAAUGCUUGGGAUGCCAUCUUUCCUGAUUCCCAACUAAAUCAUGGCGAUUUUUUUGGUUCCGACCAUCGGCCUCUCAUUCUCACCUUGCAAUAUAUGAACGGUCAUCGUAACCAAAAACCCCGCUUCAUUUUUGACAAGCUUUGGAUGUCCGAACCGGGAUUUGAGGAUUGCCUACGCGAUGCUUGGACCCAGACUAACCCGAAUCCUCACCCCAAUCCUUUAAUUGGCCUUAAGGAAAGACUCACAACCUGCUCCUCUCGCCUCACGCUUUGGAAGCAAUCCUUAGGACCCCCGAUAGCUACCCAAAUUCGCAUCACUGAGCGCCUUACUCUGGCUGAAAUUGCCCUUCUUCAGGCCACUUUUACAGCCAUUGAAAUUAAAACUGCUACAUUCCAACUCGCUCAUGAGAAGGCCCCAGGCUUAGAUGGUUUUAACGACAGUUUUUUCCAAAAGAAUUGGCAUCUGUUGGGUCAAGAUGUUACAGCUGCUGCUCUCAACUUUCUGAAUGGGGAUGCAGAUUUAUCGACCGUCAACCAAACGCUCAUUGUUCUCAUUCCCAAGAGGCCAAAUCCUGAACAGAUCACUGACUAUCGACCCAUCAGUCUCUGUUCCACUUUCUACAAAAUCAUUUCGAGGGUUUUAGUUAAUCGCCUUAAACCCAUCCUCAGUCGUAUCAUUUCUCCAUCACAAAGUGCUUUUCUUCCUUCCCGUUUAAUCUCUGACAAUAUUAUCAUCGGUCAGGAGGUCAUGCAUUCUCUCACUCAUCGUAAGUCUGGUAAAUUGGGUUGGAUGGCCUUAAAGCUUGAUAUGGCCAAAGCCUUCGAUAGGGUUGAAUGGGUCUUUAUUCGCAAAAUUAUGGAACAUUUUUUAUUUCCUAAGCGUUUUAUCGAUCUCAUUAUGGCUUGUGUUUCCACUGCUACCUUUUCCUUCUCCCUUAAUCAACAAGUAUUGGGAACAAUCAAGCCUACCAGAGGCAUUCGUCAGGGGGACCCCCUUUCGCCAUAUUUAUUUCUUCUCUGCUACGAGGGUCUUUCUUCGCUCAUCAAUUACAAAACCCAGCAACGUCAACCUCGGAGUCAUUCCCUUAGCAUUAAAAUUGCUCGACGAGCCCCAACCAUCUCCCAUCUUUUUUUCGCCGAUGAUAGCCUCCUUUUCAGCUCAUCUUAG